GGUGGUGGUGGUGGUGGUGGUGGUGGUGGUGGUGGUGGUGGUGGUGGUGGUGGUGGUGGUGGUGGUGGUGGUGGUGGAAUCGCUCACCACGCCGUCGCAUCCAAGAGGUACCCAAACCGUCGGCAAAAGAGAGCCGCUAGUUAG